CCGCCAGGCGGCCGAUGCCUCGUCCCGUCAAGCGCAGGAGGAGCGCCAGGGCGGCGGUGGCGGCCAAGGCCUUCAUUAGAGGUGCGGCUCCCGCCACCUCGGCUGCGACUGGGCCACCCCGCAAGCAGCGCGGCGCCGAAACGACGGCGAGACGCGGUGUGCUCCUCCGCUGGGUCUGCCGCGUCGCGCGGCACGGCUCCGGCGCCCGCGGCGCCUCGUGCCGCCGGCUGGUGCUCAAGUCAUUUGAGCUCGUUUCGAUGCCGUCCACGCAGAGCUGCUCCGUCGAGGAGGCCGCAGCGGACGCCGACGCGCCGGCCAUCGCGGCCAAAAUCCUGGCGCGGUCGCCCAACCUCCGCCCCGGCGCGAUCGUCACGGCCGUCGUCCCGCUGGCCGCCGUGCCUGCCCCCAGCGAUGGCUGGUGAGGCGCUAAUUAGCAGCUCGCAAUUAGAGGCGCGAGGAGGCGCGCCCCUGCGAUUUUCUUGGCGAGCCGGCAGCGAGCGGCCCGUUGGACCCUGCGUCACAACCGCAGCAAUCGAACUGUCCCCUACCCAGAUAUUGGCCCGCGAUGCGGGGCGAGGACAAAACACUCUCCGUCUCGACUCUGCACUCUUGAACAACACUCUGUCGUGUCGCAUGUCUCAUGGCAUAAUCCACGAGGCAUUUUCCAUCCGCGUAUACGUGUGUGUAGUGUCACUCGGUAUUUUUCUUCAAAGGCUAACAGGUGGCGGGCCGGCGGCAGGCGAGAGUACGCCGCCGCGCCGCCGGCCGGCCGGCGGGCCGCGGCGCCGCGUGUGGGCCGAGCGUGCGCUCGCGCUGCGGGUAAAAAAGUCAA